AUGCCCCAGGGCCGGUCUUUCCUGGCCAGCCUGUUGCAUCUUCUUUCCACAGUUCAUGACCAGGAUUCUGUUGUCCACCUGGACUGCCACGCCAUCUCGGACCUUGCCAUGUGGAACACCUUCCUUUCAGAUUGGAACGGCAUUUCCCUCUUUGUUCCCCGCUGGGACUCGGCUUCCCAGAUUAUUUUCUCGGACGCAGCCGGUUCCAUCGGCUUUGCUGCUAUCUUCAGGUCCCACUGGCUGGCGGCCAGGUGGCCUCCGGAAAUCCAAGCAGACCCAGCUGCCAUCGGGUCUCCUCCCCUCCUGGAAUUAUAUCCCAUCGUGGCUGCCGCCUUGGUCUGGGGCAGCUCCUGGUCCAACCUGCCAGUUUUGUUUGUCACGGACAACCAGUCCCUGGUCGAUAUUAUCAAUUCCGGAAAUGCCCGAAGCGGAUCAUUCCGGCACUCAGGUUCCUCCAUUCAGCUCAUUCAUCCUGGAUUAGCAUCUCUGGUGGUCCAGGCAGAGAGACUGGUCGAGGGUUCUCUUUCUCACAACACGGCUAGGAAUUAUCGGGCCGGGUUCACAGCUUUCAGCAAGUUUGCUCGAGAAUUCCCAAGGGGUCAGCUGGAGGAAACCUCAUAUGUCAUGGCGUUCAUUGCAUUUUUCCACACCCGCCUCUCCUUGUUGCACAGCACCAUCAAGCUAUAUUUAGCGGGGCUCCAGCAUCAUCGCUUGAUCGCCAAGCCAGAUGGGGGUUCCAUCCUCGCUUCACAAGCUGUCAAAGCAACACUCAGGGGUCUGCAGAAGAAGAGGAAGGGUCCGCGCACCCGUAGACUGCCGGUGUCGGGGGAAUUGUUCAGAGCCCUAUCCUCGGCCUUAGACGGCAGUCCUUUUGGGCCCUCUCUCAGCACGGUUCUGAAGACGGCUAUUUACCUCGGGUUCUACGGCUUCCUCAGGCCUGGUGAAUUCACGUCGGGCUCCGGGCAUCAUAGCUUCCUCCAGAAACGCCACCUAGUCUGGUCCGCAGACCAUUUUGUCCUCCAUCUCCCGUCCUCCAAAAGCAACCAGUCUGGUCCUCCCACGGAGAUUAAGUUUUUCCCUUCAGGUAACUAUUGGUGCCCGGUCGAGGUUCUGUGGCAAUUAUCGUCCUGCUUCACGGUCUCUCCACCAGACUCCCCUCUUCUGCCUUGUAUGUUGACCUUUCUGUGCAGUAAUCCUAACUUUCCUAGCAUUGGGGUCAUCAAUCCCUUUGCAAGCGAGAAGGAAAGCCCCCAUAAACUUUUGCUCAUCUCUUUUGACGGAUUCCGUUGGGACUACGACCAAGAUGUUGAUACCCCCAAUAUGGAUAUCCUGAAUAAUGAUGGAGUAAAAGCAAAGUACAUGACUCCAGCAUUUAUAACGAUUACAAGCCCUUGCCAUUUCACCCUGCUGACUGGAAGAUACAUUGAGAACCAUGGUGUAAUACACAACAUGUACUUUAAUGUCACUAAUUUGAAAAAGGAAAAUUAUCUCUCUACGCAAGGCAUCUCAGCCUGGUGGGAUAAUGGAACGCUUCCUAUCUGGAUCACAGCUCAGAGACAGGGUCUAAAAACUGGAUCCCUUUUCUUUCCUGGUGGCAAUGCUACGUAUGGAGGUGAAACUGUGAACUUUAAAAAAGUUGAGAGCAGACUACACAACUAUAGCAAUGAAACAGAAUGGAAACAGAAUGUCGAAACAGUGAUGACAUGGUUUACAGAGGAAGAUCUUGAUUUUGUGGCUCUGUAUUUUGGAGAACCUGAUAGUGUAGGACACAAAUAUGGACCAGAAUCUCAGGAGCGUAAAGACAUGGUUAGACAAGUAGAUCGCAUGGUUGGACACAUACGAAAUCGAGUGAAACACCAUGACUUGGAAUCCAAACUGAAUAUUAUAAUCAUUGCAGAUCAUGGCAUGACUAAAGUAGAAAAAGGGUCGGAUGAGAUUGUACUGAGAAAUAUACCAGAUUUCUCUUUUAAUGAUCUUCAGUUUCAUUUAGUGGAUUAUGGGCCAGCAGGACUUUUGCUACCUAAAGAGGGAAAAUUGGAAAAAGUAUAUCAAGCGUUAAAAGGUGCUCAUCCUAAAUUAAAUGUCUACAAGAAAGAGGAUGUUCCAAAAAGAUUGCACUUUUCAAACAAUGCAAGAAUCACGCCAUUAGUACUAUAUGGGGAACCAGGAUAUGUCAUACAUAGUUAUAUGAAGUUCCAAUUUAACAAUGGUGAACAUGGCUUCGAUAAUGAUGUUAUGGAUAUGAAAACCAUAUUUAGAGCUGUAGGUCCUUCAUUCAAAAAGGGCCUGAUAGUAGAACCAUUUGAAAGUGUUAAUGUCUAUGCUCUAAUGUGUGAGCUGCUGGGAAUAACACCAGAGCCUCAUGAUGGAGACCUUGAAGUAACAAAGAACAUGUUGCUGAUGGACAACCAGAAGGAUACAGGCUCUGAAACGGAUGUGUUUUUCCAUGCUACAAUUGGAUUGACUGUUGUAAUUGGAAUCCUUUUUAUUGCUUUUGUCAUAACAGUAAUCGUCAUGGCUAUCAAAAGGCGGAGAAAAACAACAGCUUAA